AUGGAUAACAAUUCCUGGAUUUAUUUUGUACGUGACAUUUCCCAGCUGCAGGAGAAACUAAGGUCGACCCUAAGUGAUCAUCACUACAAAUCAUUGCGACAGGCACAAACAAACAGCAACCAACGGCUUAACCAGAAAAUUAAAGGAUCUCAAAAAAGAAAGUUUGAACUUCUGUCUAAGCACACUAACAGAGAGAGUACUCAACGGCCCACUGGUCACAAUAGCAAAACCGUCAUCAAUCUAAGCAGCCGGACCCUCGCACCCAAUGAAGCGACAUUACUGGCUAAGGGUUUGAACUACAUUCCUACCCAGAACAAAAUCCCUAGAGAUGAUUUUGUGUCAGCUAUAGAAAAAGGUCUUCAACAACUCACCCCUGGAGGUAAUGUUGAUUACAUCCGACACCAAAUCAGCGACAUUCUCAUUAAAGCACCCAAGCAAAAACCAAAUAUCACCCAAGAAGAAAGAACGGCCAUCAAGAACCUAUGCUCCGAUAACACCAUCACCAUCGCCCCUGCAGACAAAGGAAGAGCCGCAGUUAUACUUGAAAAGAACAAAUUCAACCAACUAGUCAACGACAUGCUCAACAACACGACAUACAGGCAAAUAACCAAAGACCCCACACCGAAACUAGAAAGAGAAUUUAGGGCAAAACUCAAAGCCCUGCAGAACAGCAAUGAAAUCGACAUCCAACUGUACCGAAAGCUCAACACAACGCACCCCAGAGCACCUUACGCCAGGGCAACCAUCAAAGUUCACAAGAACCCAAUCAAAGCCCGACUCCUGAUCUGCUCCAGAGGCACUGUCCACUACUACACGGCACAGUACCUCACCAAACUCCUAACACCUCUGGGCAAAACUUCCAAAUCUUACGUCAAAGACUCAGCAGAAUUUUGUAACAAAAUUAAAGACAUUCUAGGCACAGCCCAACUGAUCAGUUACGAUGUCAUCGACCUAUUUACCAAUAUCCCCAGAGAAGAAUCCCUAGACAUCAUACGACAGAAGCUGAACAGCGGACAACACCCUCUCAACACAGCCAUGAAACCUGACAGCAUAAUCAGCCUUCUGGACUCGUGUAUGCAUUCCACCUAUUUCACGUGGGGGGAUGACAUAUAUAAACAACUCCACGGUUUACCGAUGGGAUCCCCCCUAUCACCACUUAUCUCCGAAAUACACAUGACAGAAUUUGAGAACAAAGCCUUAGCUGCAAGCCCCAUCAAACCGAUGUGUUGGUUCCGUAAGGUAGAUGACACAUUCGUAGCACUAACCAAGACUGACAACCCCCAGUCCCUACUUGACCACCUCAACACCCAGAACAACAGGAUACAGUUCACCAUGGAACAAGAAUGCAACAAAACCAUACCGUUUCUGGAUGUACUUAUUAGCAAGAGGAACGACAAACUCCUCACUUCAGUAUACCGCAAACCCACACACUCAGACCAAUACAUGAAUUACCAUUCCAACCAACCUAAUCGGAUCAAGAGAGGAAUAAUAUCUACCCUAACAAAACGAGCCCUACAGAUAUCCAGCAUCAACCUCUCAGAAGAAAUAAAUCACCUCAAAACAGCCUUCACCACCCAAAACCAAUAUCCCCCACAAUUAGUAGAGAGAAAGAUCAGCAAAACCCUCAAUCCGGUUAACAAGACCAGAGCAACGAGACCCGACCACCCCAAUAUAUAUAUAUAA